AUCAGAUUUCUACUUGUGCUUUUCGCUAAGAGAGCGCCAUGCCGCUGGAUUUGUGCAAAACCCCGUGGAAUGCGCAGAAAAUCUGCGAGGAGGCCACGAUGAAGGAGAUCAAUGCAGAGUUGCGGAGGGCUAUAAAUCGAGGAGAUCCUGUGCCACGGGAGUGCAAACUGCAAACACCGGGAGAACAGGUGGAACUCAUGGGGAUGCGAAACCACGAGUGUUUGAAUGGUCGACCCGGUGAAGUGUUGAGCCGUGUUGCAGAUGAGCACGGUUUCCUCAUGGUUCGGGUUCAGAUGCCAGAGGGCCCCAAGAACAUGAAAGUUCAGCCAAGAUGCUUGAAACCUAUCAGGCACCCAAAGGAUGGAAGGACACGAGGUGCUCGACUCACAGGCUUCAUUGUGGAUCCGGAAGUGCAGUCUGUUCUUUCUUCAAGGCCUGCAACGGCGAGUGCGGUGCAAAGCGUUCUGCGUACUCAAACCCCAUUGGUUGCAGACUCGGUUUUGUCAAAGGCUUCGCCCUUGGCGCCCCUCAGUGAAACGAAUGCAGAAUGAGGAGCUCUGAGGCCACGGGGCUGCCGCAUUUUAACAUGAUGUUGACGCGCUUUGGUAUUUGCUAGUUUCACAGCAUGCGCAGACUUGGCCAAGUGACUAAGUGGUUUGCGUUUGUGCUGUCUCACUCAUAAAAUCUAUCUUGCCCUGGCCUGCAUGCUGCAAUGCAAGGAGCAAACAGUAUGUUGGCAGAAAGAUUGUUUCAAUCUCCCUGACCCUGGCUGUCGAAUUGCGCAGUUUUGCAGCACAGCCAGACCCAAGAGCACACCGCUGCUCGCAACAACAUCUCCCAAACAAGUUUGCGUGUGAUUUGGCAUGUCCGGGCCAAAGGAUCUUGUGCUCAUCCCGCCUGCUAGCUGCUAGAUGUUCAGCCAUUGCACACGCAGAAGCCCCAUCGCAGGUGCGCGUCGAAGCUGUUCAAUGGAACGCGUCCUCGCCAAAGGUGAGGUGACGUGCACUCUUGAAGUCCCAACUGAAAACUGAUCAUGUGCGCUGGAGAGGGCUGCUUGUGUCAUGUGCUUGUGACGUUUUUUCUCCCGAUGCCACUCUUAAAGCUCGCUGCCCGCAGGUCUUGACCCGAAAGCCGAAAACAUUCUGAACAGGUGAUAGAAACUGAAC